UUUUAAUUUUAAACAAGUACUGAUAGAUGAAAUUGCUCUUAAUGGGCUUGAAGGCGUAGGGACUGAACAAUUAUGGAGGUACCAUGAGAAGCGUACGUCUUCGUCUCUUACGGAAAAAAUGAAAGAACGAUUUUGGUCUUUUCUUGUUAAUUGUGAAGGUUUAACGUUUUAUGAAUUACCUGAGCCAAUAGAACCUCUAGAUAUAGUAGAUAGAUUCACGAUAAUCAAUGAAGAAAGUGGUCACUUGGAUGAUCCUAUUGAAUGUCCAGAUGGCCCAUAUGAAUACCAUCCAAUAUCAAAUGCUUAUGGGUCUUGUAAACAUUAUGAAACCAGAAAAGAAAUUUCUAAAAAUGAAUUGCAAGUACUGUACAAAGAUAUUACGUCUAGGUAUGGUAACAAAUUGGUUAUAGUGGCAUCCAUAGAACUACGGUGGCAAGCUUUAGCUCCACACAAGCCAAUUACUAUAAUGAAGGAACUGACUACCAUACAGUAUUGUAUAUUGGAGCUUAUUGGAAAAGGCAGAGAGAAUGGUCAAAUGACACUUGGCAAUACAAACCUAUCAAAAAUAUUAAAAGACUCAAAAUUACUAUUUUAUAACAGAAAUCAUCUGUACAAAAUGGAUUUAAUAUGUGUACAACACACAACGCAGCUAGUUUCUAACAAAGCGAUCAAAGUACUAUUGUUACAAUUGAAACGAUUCUACCAACCAAAACUACUAACUGCACCAAAAAGGGGUGUGCUACAUGAUCUUAUGGUACAUUUGUCAGAACAACCUAAUCACUGUGAUCGGACUGAUAUGAUUAUCAAGAAAGGCAUUGUGACUGGCAACCGAUUGAAGAAAUUACGAAAGACCAACAAUAUGUUUAAAUUUAUUGAGAAACCAUACUUAGAAGAACAUAAAAGUAAGAAACCGAGGAAACAACCUCCAACAAGAAAGUAUGUAAUGCUAGAAACAUCAAGCGACGAAUCCUCACCGUCGGAAGGGGAAAUUGAAGAACCACGAAAAUGCCAAUACAAAGUUGGCGUAAAUCUUUACAGACAAGCUUAUGAAAGGUUUAUCGACGCUGGGCUUAAUGGUCUUACACAAAUUGAACUGGCACAAUUAUUGGGUGUGGAGUUCUACACAACAAGGACCAUCUGUAGGAUUUUUAAAACAAAAAAAAUUGUUAGAGAAUUUUUGGAGGAUAGAGGGAGACAAAGGACUGCUAAAUACAUAGCUGUGCAUGCUACUCAAGAUAUGGAUGUCAAAUACGAAGCAGAAAAAAAGAAGUUCCUCAAAUAUUUACAUGAAUCCAAAAAUUUAGAAAACACAAUGGAUGAAUCUUUUGCACUCACCGAAUCGGAAAUUGAAACUGAUAGCGAGGUCCCAAAGAAAAAAAUCAAGCUCGAAGAAGCACAUAAAAGUGCACAUGAAAUUGUUAUAGACGCACACGACCCAGAUCCGGAAACAUUGGCGAAACAUGUUGUCGAAGUCAAAGUUUUGAAUGGGCUGGAAAAUAGCAAUGCAACUUCUCUUUUUGGUUCUAAGAGAACUCCGACAUUGCGACAGUUAAGAUUUGCAAAUGCGUUACUGAAAGUCAUUAGAGAAAAACACGUAGUACAGGGAUAUCAAAAAGCAAGUUUUCUUGCAUCCAGGGAAGUAGGUGAACCACCCAUGGAUACAAAGGGUCUUAAACUGAUCAUACAAAAACUUAUUAACGAUGGCCAAAUUAAAGUAUAUAAAAUAAACUUCGGCAACAUGAGUCCUCAAAUACGUCUCCUUAUUUGCGCUCCACAUGUGAAACCUGCUGAUUCAAUAAUUAGAUCGAAAUUCAGGGAAGUGAAGAUGAGAGCAAUCGUAAAAGAGACGCAAGUGCCUACUAAACCAGUCAGCGAAACAGCAAAUAAGUUUUUAUCGCUUUAUGUCUAUCCUCGGUACAUGAAAAUCCAAAAGGUUCAUGAAUGUCUUUACGAUUUAGUGUAUAGUGGUGAUGAAGACACUAAUCAAUUCGGAUUCUCAAAGGGUUUCUCCUCAUUAAUCCAUAUAAUGCCAGAACUUACAUUAGCUUUUGCAGUGGGCAACUUAACCCAAGGCACAUUGAGCGAAUUAUCGAACAUAAAAAUCACUAAAGACAUGAUGGAUAUGAAACUGAAACAAGUACCGAAAGACUUGUUUGCUAUAUUUCUAGCAUCGAAAUCUUUCCGGCAAUGUUUUCGAUGUAAUAUGAAGAUUCUGGCCAUGCUAGGUCUUGUCCAAUUGAUUCGAAACCCUACUCAAUCCGAGGAUAACAAACUUUACAACAACAUGUUCUACGUAAAUCGCAACGCCAAGAUCAUUGACACGACAGGAACCUGGCCUAGAACAGCAGCUAAUAUAGAAGACUUAACAAAGUCGUAUCGCUUUAAUACAUUUGAAGACGUUGAAAACUAUUGGCAUGAUGUGUAUAAUAUCAGCAUCAAAACUAAGAUAGUAGCAGAACAAUCUGCCCGCAAAAGAAAGAGGCUACUGCCGCCAUUAAGAACUAAAGAAGAGGUUUUCGAAAAUGAUACCAGACAAAUAUUUGGAGAUGGUCAAGGGCCUUGUGGAUUCGACGCUUCGUUUUACAUGGAGCAGGCACGAUCUUGGACUACUUUCUAUUCUAACAUCAGGAAAAAGCCUGUUCCAAGCCGCUUAAAAGCUCUUGUUAUCCCCAAGAAAGAAAAGCGAAAGGUGACGAAAAGCGCAGUGCCAAAAAAGAUUGCGACUAUUUGUCAUAAGAGAUUUGUUAUGCUGGAAUCAGACACUUCUCAAUCACAUCAAAAAGACUGCAUAAUAAACGAAUUGAGACAUCGAAGGCAUCUCAUACAGAAAUACGAUGGGCUUUUCAAAACUUUAAAACUCCGUUUUGCUCGAAACAUGACCAAAUUCCUUUCCGAAGCGCGUAUACCAAUGUUAGAGCUCGUGUAUUUGAUUUUGCAGCUCAUUAAAAGUAAAUCCUUUAAUCAAAAACUACCAUGCGUUGCCAUGAACCUCGAAGAGUUUCAUGCAAAGUUCGCGAUAUCUGCCACCUCAGCUGACAAACCAUACAACUUGUAUAGAACCCCUAGGGAUGAACCCGUAAUGUCUUCUCUAAAGGAAGGGAUAAUUAUGACUGUCAUGAUGAGCUACAAACGCGAGCACUCCAUCGAUAUGGCCCAAAAGAUACUGACUAUGUUCAACAAAUUCUCUGAACAAACUCUACGCUUUGCCAUCGAACAGUUGCGAAAAAGUGGGACAGUUUCUGCGAAGGAAAAGUUACUAAACAACCAAAUAAAUAGACAUCACAUGCAAGAUAUACUGCAAGAGUCUUUUAAAAUUUCAGCAAUGUACCAGAGAAAAUGGAUAUGCCGUUUGAAUGCGGAGUUUGUCGAUAAACUCAUGGAUUCCGUCUACCUUCCGCUGCCUCAGAAAGGUAUAAAGGGGUGCCCUGAGAUGAAUUGCUUGCUUUUCGAAUUAAAAGCCUGCAAUGUCCUGGAUAUAGUUUCUGAAAAUAUUCCCGCGGUAACAAGUGCCUCGGGGUCAUUGUUACCAGAAGACCUGUCUGGAGAACAUAGUAUAAAAUUGAACCUGAAUUCGGGAUCAUGUAGAUGGAUCAACAAGACGAAUGUAAAGAUGUUAUCUGAGCUCUAUGAGGAUAUGGAAGUACAAGAACAUUUGGCUGCACUGAGCAGAAAUUCAACAGUAGCACUGUGCGAAAAUGAAGCAAACUAUAAUGAAGAAGAUGCGAUUGUGUCUUACUUGGAAACAAAAAAGGAAGUUGGGGCGACGUUUCCUGAAUUACAGGACCACACUAGUUACGACCCAGAAACCUUAACAAAAAAACUACAACAACUGGAAACAGCGCAAAUUAUAAAAAGAGUCGGCUACUUCGAAAACUUAACGGUGCUUAUGAAAUAUGCCAAAUAUUGGACUCUAACCAUUGACGACGGGCAUGUUAUACCAGUGCCGUAUCUGACACUGAAUAAAGAAGUUAGAAAAGAUAUACUUUUAAAAUGGGCUGGUGUGAUAUUAAAUAAAGUCUUUGAAAAUCCCGGUUGUUCAAUAUGGUAUAUAGCAGAUUGCGAUUUAGUUAGCACGAGGACUACGCAAGAGAUUUGCAUGUUUCUAGAAAAAUGUAAAUGUUUAACUCUGCACGUAAUGAAAGCUACAAAACCGAAUUUGUUUUCAGAAGACGAUGAAUUACCUGAAUUACUAGAAUUCAAUCUUUAUGAAUCAAUGGAAAAUAUUGUAGUUUUUCCUGUAAGAGACUCGUUUACAAGAUUUGCUACUUUAAAACAAAAAAUAAUAGAUUUAGAGAUGCCUUGUUAA